GAGAAAUUACAGCGCAGUAAACUUUGUUUUGGAUCUGUGCUUGCUGCAAAACGCCGCAGAAUGGCGGAGUUAGAAAAUAUUAAUCCAAAUGUGUACAAAAAGUGCGAAGAUCGAACGCUAACAAAGGACGACGAGGACGAGGAUGUGGUGGAUCCGUUCGAUGAGCGAGAAAUUUUCGAUUUGAUACGAAACAUUAACGAUCCGGAACAUCCCCUGACCCUUGAGGAACUGCACGUUCUGGAGCAAAGUCUAAUCACGGUGGAUAAUGAGAAAAGCACUGUCCAUAUCCUAUUCACACCGACGAUCCCACACUGUAGCAUGGCAACGCUGAUUGGAUUAUCGAUACGCGUAAAGCUUCUUCGAGCAUUGCCUCCUCGAUUUAAGGUAUCGGUAGAAAUUAAUCCUGGCACACAUGCAUCCGAGCACGCUGUCAACAAGCAGCUGACCGAUAAGGAACGUGUGGCGGCCGCACUGGAAAACACACAUCUAAUGGAAGUUAUCAAUCAGUGUAUCGGAACGCCGUUGAAAUAAACCGAACUGGAAGAAAAGCUUUAGAUGCCUUUUUCUUCUAAGGACAUGGCUUUAUUGCAGCUAC